GACACUACCAGCAUGGCGGGAUUGGAGCUGCUGUCGGAUCAGGGUUACCGCGUGGACGGGCGGCGGGCCGGAGAGCUGCGCAAGAUCCAAGCACGGAUGGGUGUCUUUGCGCAGGCCGAUGGCUCAGCCUACAUUGAACAAGGCAACACCAAGGCGUUGGCAGUAGUCUACGGACCUCACGAGAUGCGGGGGUCUCGGUCAAGAGCACUGCCAGACAGAGCACUGGUCAACUGCCAGUAUAGCAUGGCCACAUUCAGCACUGGGGAACGGAAGCGCCGGCCACACGGGGACCGCAAGGCUUGUGAAAUGGGACUCCAGCUGAGGCAGACCUUUGAGGCUGCCAUCCUGACCCAGCUCUACCCUCGCUCCCAGAUUGAUAUCUAUGUCCAGGUGCUGCAGGCAGAUGGUGGUAAUUAUGCAGCCUGUGUGAAUGCAGCUACCUUAGCCGUGUUGGAUGCGGGGAUCCCCAUGAGAGAUUUUGUGUGUGCCUGUUCAGCUGGCUUUGUGGACGGUACAGCCCUAGCUGACCUGAGCCAUGUGGAAGAAGCAGCUGGUGGGCCCCAGCUGGCUCUGGCCCUGCUCCCUGCCUCCGGCCAGCUUGCUCUGCUUGAGAUGGAUGCCCGCCUGCAUGAGGAUCACCUACAGCAGGUACUAGAAGCGGCUUCCCAAGCUGCCCGGGAUGUUCAUGCCUUAUUGGACCGAGUGGUCAGGCAGCAUGUCCGGGAGGCGGCCCUGCUUCUUGGAGACUGACCCUGACCCUGCAAUAAAGUUUUUCAGCCCUUCCCCAUGA